AUGCUCUCAGAUGUCUCCCUCAUGUCUCCCGCGUCUCCUCAGAUCCUCGCUCAGCCUCCUCUGUCAGCCAUCUCUCAGUCACACUACGCCUCAGCCUCCUCAGCGCUCUCCUCGCACCUCCUAAGAGUCUUCGCUCAGACGCUCCUGCAGCCCUACCAUGCAGCCUCCGCUCACGCGCCUCAGCCUCCUCAGCCCAACUCUAGGCGCCUCAGCCUCGCUCAGACCUCCUCAGCCUCCUGCAGUGGAGGCACCUCAGUGGCCGUCCUCCGUCUCACUCAGGCCUCACUUGCACCCUCCUCAGCCUCACUCAGGCCCUCGUCAGUGUGUCCUCCGAGGGCGUCUCAUAAGGUUGUGUCGAGUGCUUUCUUUGUCUUUUCUCAGUGGCUCUCUCUUGUGUUUUCUCUGUCGUUUUCGCCUGACACUUUUUCUCAUGAUGUUGCAUGCUCGCCCACAUAUGUGCGCGCCUCGAAGGCCUCCGCUCUUCCAGCUCAAUCAAAGAGAGAAUGA